AUGACCGGGCGUAAGAAACAAGAACGACCAGACAAGAGCUGUGGAAGAGGAAGACCACCAAACGCCCCAGCUCAACAACCUUACUCUGACAACAGAGAUGAACAAGCUGAAGGCGGGAUAGCAGGCUCUCAAACGAAUAAAAAUAAGGCCAAUUCAUUUCCACAAGACAGCGCUCGCCAGUACAUGUACGAACAAUUCCAACCCGACCCGUCUCUAGUGUCAGGUCGAAGUGAUCCUCAUCUUGUUAUGGGAUCUUCCUCUGGAUCUGUACUUGAACAAAGAUAUGGGUCGUCUUCUCGCUCCGAGAUUCUUCACCGAAAGGAGUCGUCGAUUCGUCCUCGGGCACGACGACCCCGUGAAAGCGAUUCAAAUUCUCCUCAAGAUCAACCGGCACAACGAGUUAGAUAUUCCGGUUCUGGACGUCUAGAUAGCCGUGAGGCCACUCAAAAUCAAACUAGAGAGCGUAUAGAAACACAGGAAGUUGGCUAUGCGGAGGAAAGUGGUACUAGAAGUCAAUCUGACAGACCUUCAUCUUUUCCAAGCUCACUAAAUCAUUCUUCUUCGCGAAAAGUGCCAAGCGCCUUUUCACCUCCACCUGAACCGGCAACUUUGAAGGAUCACGCAGAUCAUUUGAAAAAUCCUCAGGGGACUCAAAAUGCCGAUCAGCGAGACCGCUCUACAGGUGGUUCUAUGGCCAUGGCAAGUGGAAGUCAGCGUGUUGGGCAUGAUAAUAUGGCGACUUACGGUGGAGAUUCCUUUGUCACUCAUGAGCAAGAUGACGGCUGGGUCACUCACAGUAGCUAUGGACCAUAUUCAAGGCGACAAAUGGGACCUCCAUUUGCUGAAGGACCACUAGUUGAUGGUUUCAGUAGCAGAAGUAAUGUCAAUGCACCCGUUCUCCCAAAAUUCGGGAGAAAACCUGUCCUGCUCUCCGACACCCUAGAACCUAGGUCCGAAAUUGUUGCACCCACACGUCCCAGCCAAUACCCACCACAAGAGUUGCCACCAAAAAGUCAUACCGAUAAACUUGGUGAUUUCCAACUUGAUGCGAGCAAUAAACGGACCUAUUACUUGGCAAACCACACACUGACUAUACCCAAGAAAGGUGAUCCAGAGCUAUCGUAUUCAAGUUAUCGCUACCCUAAGAGCUGGGGUCUGGCUAAAGAGGCUAUGAUACCUAUCUACUGCUCAGAAAAACAAACUACUCGAUCUGUUCAGCAGACUGUUGUUGAUGAAAAAACCGGCAAAGUGUUGAAUUUCCUACCGGAAGCUAUUGAAUAUCGGAAAGAAAAAAGAAAAGAGAUACGUGCGGAAAAAAGAAAAGAGACACGUACGGAACACGAAGAAGAUCUCACUAGAGCUGAGCUAGACGAAACUUUGGUAGAAUCCAAUAAGUUAGCCCGGGGCAUUGUGAACAAAGAACUUCACGACGCAACUCUGCGAACAGGACUGUUUGAUGAUAAAGGAGCAGUGGAAGACCCAUGGAAGGACAAGGGAUAUGACAAGGGAUUGCACGAUUAG